AUGCAGGUGGGUGUGGGUCUGGAGCUGUGCCCGCCCGCGCCCGCCGCGCCCGCCGCCACGCCGGUGCACGCGCGCCGCACGCCGCACGACACGCCCGCCUCGCCGCGCUCACCGCACGCCGCUCACUGCUUCGAGACCCUCGAGCCCGCGCGCGCCCACACCGGGACAACACUCCUAGAUCGUCAUCUGAGGUUGAUCGCGGACGCCGCGGAGCCCGACCUGAUGCCUCUGCUGUCCGUCAAGGAUGAACCGCUUUCGGAGGGGGAGCAGCAGAUGCUGAGCGACGAGGCGAGCUCGUGUGGCGGUAGCAGCGAGGGCGCCGAGGCUCGCGGCGGGGACAGCCCGCCCGGCCCGCGCGCCUGGGGCCCGCGCGACAUGCAGCGCGCGCUGCAGGCCCUGCGCGACCGCCGCAUGACCCUCACCAAGGCUUCCGCGACGUACGGCAUCCCGUCGACGACGCUGUGGCAGCGCGCACGGCGGCUGGGCAUCGACACGCCGAAGCGGGAGGCGACAGCGCGCAGCUGGGGCGAGGCGGAGCUGCUGGCCGCGCUGGCCGCCCUGCGCGCCGGCACGCUCUCCGCCAACAAGGCCAGCAAGGCAUACGGCAUCCCGAGCAGCACGCUGUACAAGAUCGCGCGGCGCGAGGGCAUCAGACUGGCGGCGCCGUUCAACGCGGCACCGACGCGCUGGCGCCGCGGCGACCUGCAGCGCGCGCUCGCCGCCAUCCGCUGCGGCGCCGCGUCGGUGCAGCGCGCCGCCGCGCAGUACGGCAUCCCCUCCGGCACGCUGUACGGCCGCUGCAAGAGAGAGGGCAUCGAGUUGUCCCGCGCCAACCCCACGCCCUGGUCCGAGCACGCCAUGGGGGAGGCGCUGGAGGCCGUCAGAGUGGGUCAGAUGUCUAUAAACCAGGCGGCGAUCCACUACAACCUGCCGUACUCCUCGCUGUACGGCCGCUUCAAGCGCUGCAAGUAUCAGUCGCAGUGCCUACAGUACCAACAGUCGGACACACGGAACAAUUACGAAGCAGAUCAAGAGAUGCAGGCGAGGCAGGAGUCGCUGGCGCAGGAGCAGGUGGAGGUGCCGUACAGCCAGCUGGUGGGCGAGGCGCACGGCGUGCUGGCUCACUGGCAGGACUGCGCCCCCGGCCUGCUCCACGCGCACGGCUGCAGCGGACUCGCCUACAGUUGAGGACGACACUUAGCCCACGUAUUAUGAUAAUAGAGAGAGAUGUAAGCAGAGACAAAGUAAGUUGUCUUACAAAACCACUUCACUGGACACACUCGGUUUUUUUUGUACUUUUUACUUGAUGUAGUUAGUUAUUAAUUAGUAGUGCGAUGCCGAAAUCUUGGUGUUGACUUUUCACAUUACAUUAUUCCUAUCCGUCCACGUUUUUCACAUAUUAAGUUUUCUUAACAAUGUUUAAAGCUAGACCUAGACAAAACUAAUUAUAAAGUAUUCUACUGGUUUGCUAAUUCGUGUAAUGAUCGUCUCUCAUUGUAAUA